UUGCACUAAACUUCAAAACAAAAUUGUAAAUCGUAUCGUGUUAUUUGUGUUGUUUUCAUUACAAAAACGCAAAAAAAUACCAGUGAGACAGUAUAAAAAGGGGAGAAAAUGGUGGGAUAUAACAGCAACGGUCCGGCUAGAGAUCGCGUCUUAAGAUUGAUGGAUGAAAAGGAUCGGAUUGAGAGUGAAAUUCGUGAACAAAAUGCUGUUUUGGAAUCUAAUAAUAUUGGCAUGCACGAACCCUUGGUAGACGACCAGGGGUUUCCUCGGAAUGAUAUUGAUGUGUAUAAGGUCCGGCACGCGCGACAUCGGAUCAUUUGCCUUCAGAAUGACCAUAAAGCACUGAUGAAGCAUAUAGAACAAGGUCUAGCCGAGGUCCACUCCGAAUUCCUGCCAUACCAAGGCACUUCGCAGCCCACCACAUCACAAACCAACGGUCACAAGAUGAAUGGCACCCGAAGCAGUGGUGAUGAUGUCAUGAGUAUAGGAGAGAAUGACCAGGGUUUUGCUGUUGUUACGUUUGUGCAUAACGGGUCACCUGCUGACUUAGCUGGUCUAUGUGAACAAGAUGAGGUACUUCAAUUCGGCUCUGUCAGCCCACACAACUUCUCAGACAUCACGCAAGUCCACGAUGUAGUGGCCCACUCUGUCGGUCAGAAUGUCCGUUUACUGGUGAGACGGAACAACAAUAUCCUUAACCUAACCGUCACCCCCAGACCUUGGGCUCAACCGGGCUUGCUAGGUUGUCAGAUUGUCCGAAGAGCAAAUUAAUAUUUUUUUUUUUACAUUGCACACUGUUCGUAAUUUAAGCUGUUUUUUUUUGACCAGUUUUUUAUCUUUUUAUUUUGAAUAGAAUUUUCUUAUAUCAAGGCAGCCGUUGGCUCUGAUUUUGUUUGAUAUUAACAGCUAUUUUAAUGAGUCAUUUAUGAAAUGUACUGUUACAAUAUUACCCUCGAAAAUAUUUAUUGUUGUUUACCUUUUAAACACCUAUUUUGUAAGUUUGUUAUCUAACAAAAAAAAAAUAAAGAAAAGAAGGAAGAAGAGUACAUUUUGUUUCUUGUUGCAAUAUUUUUUAAUUUUGGAAGUUACACAAUUACAAAAGUACUAAAUUUAUAAGGAACAUCAUUCGUAAACUGUCUUUUCAUAUGCCUAAAAAUUAAAAAUUGUAAAUACUUAUUUAACCUUAAAAAUAAAUGUGAUGAUUGAUGA